AUGGCGUUCAAAACGCUUUUAGUGCUAGUACUAUGUUUUGCCGAAACGGUUUUUUCUAAUACUACCACUAGUACUGCCAUCCCUUACGAUGACAGCCAAAUAGAUUAUAGUGAGGGUACUUCGGUCGAGGAUAAGUACUCUUUACCCCCUGAAAAUGUCGGCGUGAGUGGUGCCAGGAAUAGUACCCAAGUGGUGACGAGUUUGGCUAGAAUUUUGGAUUUUUACAAUACUGAACUUUUGGCUGGUGAUUUUCCGAGAUUUAAGGGUGGUUUGAGUCACGGGUGUCAGAAGGAUGUGGAGACGUACAUUGUGGGAUUGACUAAGGCAGAGAAUUGGGCUUUAAAAAUGGAUGAUGCUAGCGGCAGAUAUUCAACGGGUUGGUUUUGGGGAAAUAUGUAUUGGAUUGGAUCUCAGAACUUGUGUGAGAACAUCGCUCCCCAAAAACAUAUUAUAAUUACUUCUCCAAAUCAUUCUCGACUUGUAAGAGCAGCAGACGCUUCCCUCAAACCAAUGAGUCCAGCUAGCACCUUAGGAUACAGACAAGGACCGAUAGUACAUACAAGCGGACCACCAUUUCCCGUUUCAUUCUUUAAGCUCAGACUUCACCUGAAUUCCAGUUUUACAAUCGAAGAAAGGAUUUUGCACGUUGGUUUGUGCUUGCCACAUUCUUGUUCUGCCAAUGAUGUUAAAAAAAUUGUGGAGGAGACAUCAUCGUCAUCGUCUAAACUUGCUAUAAAAGUUGAAGCGGUAAGAUCAGAACAUAACAGAUACAAUUUCUGGACAGACACGACUUUCAUAGCAUUGUGCAUAGCAACGGCAGGAAUAGUCUUCAUGCUGAUUGUUGGUACAGCUUUUGAUUACUAUUUAGAACACCUCAAAAACUGUAACAUGAAAGACAAAAAUUGCACUCAUUUUAACGGAAAAUUGGAUAUGACAUUACCAGAUCUCAAAACUAAGAAUGAUAAAUGUGGACUUUACAUAGUCAACAAUAACAACAAUGCUUGCAACAACAUCGAUGAACAAAACCGUAGUGUAGAGCUUAAUAGUAGUAAUGCUUCUAAAUCACGCAAGUCGCUUAUGAGAUUUAUCUUAAAAGAAAUACUUUUGUCGUUCUCAAUAAGGAUCAACAUGGCCUACAUUUGUGACCAAAAUGUGGGAAGCGAUACCAUUUCUGUUAUUCACGGUCUCAAAGCCAUAAGCAUGGCUUGGGUCAUUUUGGGCCACACUUGCAUAAUUGCUUUUAAAUAUUCAGAUAAUAUGGAGUACAGAAGAAUCGUUCAAAAAGAAUUCAUGUUCCAAACUGUGACCAACGGAACCUUUAGUGUGGAUACCUUCUUUUUUGCUAGUGGACUCUUGGUAUCUUUUCUAUACUUUAGAACGAAUGCAAAGGGGUCAUUGGACUCUUUGAACAAGGGUAACCGUUUCAUAGCUGGAAUAUUACAUUUCCUGGGACUGAUCGCUUAUAGAUUUGCAAGGUUGACUGCACCAUAUCUUUUUACCAUCGGUAUUGUCGAAAUAUCAAUGAAAUGGUUUACAUUUAAUUCAGUAUUUGAACCUCCUACUAUGGAUCAUGUAAACUGUCCAAAUUAUUGGUGGAGAAAUGUUUUGUACAUUAAUACUCUAUUUCCUGUAGACGAAAUGUGUAUGUUAUGGAGCUGGUACUUGUCAGACGAUACUCAAUUUUAUAUUGUUGGAGCUAUCAUGCUAAUUCUAGCAACAAGCCAUUUCAAGACCGCUGCGGCACUAGUGAUCACAUUUAUGUUAAGUUCUUGGAUAACUACCGGUUACAUAGCAUUUAGUAAUAGCCACGUACCUGGUACUGACGAUCCUCUAGCAUUGUUCGAUAAAAUUUAUGAUAAACCUUGGACGAGAUUCGGCCCCUACCUUAUCGGAAUGAGCAUUGGUUGGUACUUGUUUAAGAAAGAUUGCAAAAUUCGUAUGCCAAAGUGGGUGCUUAUUGUCGGAUGGAUCCUGUCUACAUCAGUUCUGCUGUCUUUAGUAUAUGGAUUAUAUGAUCAGAGGCUGGCACCAUGGUUAGGAGCAACUUACAGCGCUCUCAGUCACUCUGCUUGGGCACUUGGUUUAGGAUGGAUUGUUGUGGCCUGUGUUACUGGUUACGGAGGUGUGGUUGAUAAAAUUCUUUCGGCUACUAUCUUCUAUCCCUUCAGUCGUGUGACGUACUGUGCUUACUUGGUGCACCCUAUCGCCAUCAGAGCCAUGGUGAUGAGUAUGGACAGUCCUCUACAUCUUGGCAGCAUUGUUACUAUUAUUAUUUAUUUAGGACAAAUGGUUGUAGCUUUUGUGUUAUCUUUUAUUGUAUCUGUAGUUUUUGAAGCGCCUAUAGUGUCUUUACUGAGGAUUAUUGCUAAAUUCCAUAGAAAAUAG